GCAGUGCGGAAGCGGAAGAGGCUGCAGGCCCUGGGAGCCAGUCUAUAGCCCGGUCGGGUCCCGGGGUCGGGACCGCCCGCCGCGAUGCCGAGCCCCCGCAGGAGCGUCGAGGGACGGCCGCUGGGCGCCUCCGCUUCGAGCAGCAGCAGCAGCCCCGGGAGCCCAGCCCAUGGCGGCGGCAGGUUCGAGUUCCAGUCCCUGCUCGGCAGCCGCGGUGCCGGCGCGGACCUCACCUGUGCCCGGCUCCGCGCGUCCGAGAGCCCGGUGCACCGCCGCGGCUCCUUCCCCCUGGCCGCCGCCGGCCCCGCGCAGGCCGCCCCGCCCCCGCUGCCCGAGGAGGACCGCAUGGACCUGAACCCGUCCUUCCUGGGCAUCGCCCUGCGCUCCCUGCUGGCCAUUGACCUGUGGCUCUCCAAGAAGCUGGGGGUGUGCGCCGGGGAGAGCUCGUCCUGGGGCAGCGCGCGGCCCCUUAUGAAGCUGCUGGAGAUCUCGGGACACGGCAUCCCCUGGCUGCUGGGCACCCUCUACUGCCUGUCUAGGAGCGACAGCUGGGCCGGGCGCGAGGUGCUGAUGAACCUGCUCUUUGCUCUGCUGUUGGACCUGCUGCUGGUGGCCCUGAUUAAAGGGCUGGUCCGUAGGCGCCGCCCGGCCCACAACCAGAUGGACAUGUUUGUCACUCUCUCGGUGGACAAGUACUCCUUCCCUUCGGGCCAUGCCACAAGGGCCGCUCUGGUGUUGAGGUUCAUCCUGAACCACCUGGUGCUGGCCAUUCCGCUGAGGGUGCUGGUGGUGCUGUGGGCCUUCGUCUUGGGCCUCUCCAGGGUCAUGCUGGGGCGGCACAAUGUCACCGACGUGGCUUUUGGCUUUUUUCUGGGCUACAUGCAGUACAGCAUCGUGGACUAUUUCUGGCUCUCUCCCAACAAUGCUCCUGUCCUCUUUGUAUUGUGGACUCAACAGUGACACUAUCUCAUUGAUUAUAGCACCAGGAGGGCUGACCAUUUCAAUGAUGCCAACCUAAAUCAGCGGCCAUCCUGCUUGCCCCUCUUAGACAUUUCAGGCUUCCUUUGGGAUUUCAGGUGUCCCACCGUCUUGAUGUGUUGCUAGGCUGGAGCACGUGCUGGCCAUUACUGAACACGGCCAUAACAGGGAAAGCAAACGAAUCCUUCUAUUUAUAUAUUUAUUCAGCAACUGUAUCUCCAGGACAACUGCAAAGAAACCAAGCCGAGGUGGUUAUACUGCUGCUGUUUUUCAAAAGUUGACAUCAGUAAGAUUUGUGUUUUGUUGUAAUCCCCUAAAUCAACAUAUCACUUGUAAAUUUAACUUUGAGAAAGAAACGUAUCUUCAUUCUGUAAAUAUACAUGCAAAGAAACCACGUACCAAUCCUAGUCCUCUUCCUGAGGUAGAUUUUAAACAGUAUUUUAAAAGUCUAAGACAUAGGUUUUUCUAGCUUAUUCCCUGAAGAUCUGUUGCCACAGUAGAGGAGAUUUCUUCUUAAUCCUGAUUUUCUUGGUAAGCUUUUUUACUUUAUCUCUUCCAUUUUUGUGGAUUGGGUAGUGACAAAGAGAUGAUAGUACUGUCUUUCUCUCUUCCCCCUCUACCCCUCAAAAGAUCUUUAAAUAGAUAUUUAUUUCCCACCACUCCCUAAUACUGUCUUUUAGCAUUCAGAAAAUAAGCCAAGAACUUACUUAAAGAAGAAACAUUUAAAAGGUGGGCAUAUCUAAGGUGCCCCCCAAAAAAGGAAGAAUGGGACUAUGGCCUCAUGCUUAAUUCUGUUGACAACCAAUAACAUGGCAUGACAGGGCAGAGAAGCUAAGUUGCUGGGGAAAGUUAGAGGAACUGAACGUUUGGGAAUAGGCUGACCACAUAUUAUGCCAAUGACCACAUAUUAUGGCAGGAGAUGGGGCCCUGAUGCCAGUCAUCCCUACUGAAUAAAGAAGAAUGUUCCUCUAUCAGGGUAAUAAAUGAGAAAAUAACAUGAUUCUUUUCAAUGCAAUAGCAUAAGCUUUCUCUUGUAUGCCAUAAGAAUGACCUUGUUUACUAUAGUUUUUCAUAUGAAAUUCCAUUUUCCUGUAUACACACUUUAGGUAAUAGUAUUUAACUUGAAACUCAUCAGGGGAGCCUGCCACCAUUAUCAGGCACAAGGCAUAACCCCUAAACUUCUGUUUACAUUGACUUUUUACAUUUCAAGCUGUUCAUUCAUAGUGCCUCCGAAAUUAUUAAGACCAAAGACCACCAAUCACAGGGUGGACUCUGCUCAUUACUCUUUGACCCAGAAAGACUGAAGAAGGUAUGUGCUUUAAGUGCUGCUCUACCUGAAAAGAAAACCUUUAAAUUAACUACAGAAGUGCUAUUUUCAGAUAAUCUUAAUGACUGAUUAUUUUGGCAUUUAUAAUUAGAAAAGAUUAUAUACUUUGAUCUGACAUACAGAGAUGCAGAUAGGAACGUAGAGAAUGGGCUGUGGGAAGCAGAUUCUGAUUGGGUGGAAGCAUGACCUAAGAGUGAAGGGCACAGUGAAAAAGGAACAGCUACUCCUCAAAAUAAAAUCAUUUGUAUUCCCACAACACCCUGACCACUUACUACCUCUUCACUUGCUAAAUCAGCCAAACUGUAAAACUCUAAGUGGUUUGGAUCUGAGGUUUAACCUUAGAGAGAUCCUUUAUUUUAAUUGCAGCAGUAUUCAGGCCAGAUACUUGGAAGCAAUUGGAAGAGAUGAUAUUUCCUUUUGCAGUGUCCAUAAGUCCAGAUAUUGGUGGCUUGAAAUUAGGCUCACCCUCUGGUUCGUAGUUAAACUUUUGGAAUUCCCUGUUUUCUUUGCUGGAGGCUGGGUUGGCUGGCUUUUAAAGAUCAAUUCACCUGAUGUUUCUGGAGCAUCUGAAGUACUGUAGAGUAGAAAACUGAUUUCUUUGUUAAUUGUACACUGAGGAAUGCCUUUUAAAAAUCAAAAUAAAAUUAACCAGUAAUGUGAAA